AUGUUAUUAAUCGAAAAAGCACUUAUGGAUGGAAAAAAAGUUUUUGUUCCAAAAGUAAUAUCUGCCGAUAUGUAUAUGCUCCCCAUAAAGUCAGCAGAAGAAGUCAAACUUUGGAAGCCUAAUAAGUGGGGAAUUAAAGAACCGGAACAAGUGCUAAAUAAGGAUUUGCCAGACAUAGUUACAAGCCAAGGUGGAUUGGAUUCGUUUAUUGUACCUGGACUAGCCUUCACCCAGAGUGGAGGUCGCCUUGGUCGUGGAGGUGGGUAUUACGACCGAUAUAUUGCAUGGUACAUGAAGCAGUGCCACUUGGGUGUUUUUCGUAAACCUUAUAUAACUGCAUUCGCAUUCUCCGAACAGAUUAUAGACUAUAUUCCUGUAGAACCUCAUGAUUUACAUGUUGACCACUUAUUUGUUGCAUGA